CGAGCAGGGCCGAGCGGGGCCGAGCCUCCCGCGCCGCCCCCGCCCGCGCACCGCGGCAGCCGCACCGCGCCGAUCCGCUCUGCCCCGCUCAGCUCCGCUCUGCAGUGCUCAGCUCCGCUCCGCACUGCCCAGCUCCGCUCCGCUCCGCUCCGCUCUGCCAGCGGGAGCCGGCGAGGAUGCUGCGCCUCAGCCGCGGGCGGCCCCGCCGCCGGCAGCGCCCGCUGCUCCUCUUGUCAGCGCUGCUGUGGGCGCCGGCGCUGGUGGCCUUCAACCUGGACGAGGAGAAGCGGACGGUGUACAGCGGACCGCCGGGCAGCUACUUCGGGUACUCGGUGGACUUCUACAUCCCCGACCCCAGCACGGUCAGUGUCCUGGUGGGAGCCCCCAAAGCCAACACCACGCAGCCCGACAUCGUGGAAGGAGGAGCGGUGUACUACUGCGCCUGGCCCGCCGCCCGCUGCCGGCAGAUCCCCUUCGACAACACCAACAACAGGAAAAUUAAAGUCAAUGGCACCAGGGAACCUAUUGAGUUUAAGACAAAUCAGUGGUUUGGAGCAACAGUCAAAGCUCAUAAAGAAAAAGUUGUGGCUUGUGCUCCUUUGUAUCAUUGGAGAACCCUUAAAGAUAGCCCUGAGAAGGACCCCGUUGGCACCUGCUAUGUAGCAAUUCAGAACUUCAGUGCUUAUGCAGAAUAUUCACCUUGUCGCAACAGCAAUGCAGAUCCUGAAGGACAAGGCUUUUGUCAAGCAGGUUUCAGCUUAGAUUUUUACAAGAAUGGAGACCUGAUCGUAGGCGGACCCGGUAGUUUUUAUUGGCAAGGUCAGGUAAUCACUGCAAGUAUUGCGGACAUCAUUGCAAACUAUUCCUUCAAGGAUAUUCUGAGGAAACUGGCACGAGAGAAACAAACAGGAGUGGCACCACCCUCGUAUGAUGACAAUUACAUGGGAUACUCAGUGGCUGCUGGGGAAUUUACUGGUGAUUCUGAACAAGAGCUGGUUGCUGGAGUCCCAAGGGGAGCACAGAACUUUGGCUAUGUCUCAAUUAUUAAUUCUUCAGACUUGACCUUUAUGCAGAACUUCACUGGUGAACAGAUGGCGUCUUAUUUUGGGUACACAGUUGCAGUAUCUGAUGUUAACAAUGAUGGUUUAGAUGAUAUCUUAGUUGGUGCCCCUCUCUUUAUGGAACGAGAAUUUGAGAGCAAGCCUAAAGAAGUUGGGCAAGUUUAUCUGUACCUGCAAGAAAGUGCAUUCCUCUUCAGAGAUCCUCAAAUUCUGACAGGCAUGGAAGUGUUUGGUAGAUUUGGCAGUGCAAUCACACACCUUGGAGAUCUCAAUCAAGAUGGAUAUAAUGACAUUGCUAUUGGUGCACCAUUUGCAGGAGAAGACAGAAGAGGGAAAGUUCUCAUUUACAAUGGAUACAGUAAUGGGUUAAACACUAACCCUUCCCAGGUUCUCAAUGGAGCCUGGGCCUCACAGUCCAUGCCUUCGGGAUUUGGCUUCACUCUAAGGGGAGACUCAGAUGUAGACAAGAAUGAUUAUCCAGAUUUAAUUGUGGGUGCAUUUGGAGCUGGGAAAGCCGUUGUUUACAGAGCCAGACCUGUUGUUACAGUGAAUGCUCAUCUUAUUCUGAACCCUAUGAUUGUGAAUCCAGACAACAAAACUUGUCAGCUCCCUGACUCUCAGCUUUUAGUGGCCUGCUUUACUGUAAGAGUCUGCGCAGACUUUGAAGGUCAAAGUAUUUCAGAUGAGAUAGUGCUGAAAGGUGAAUUGCAAUUAGAUUCAUUGAAACAGAAAGGAGCUGUUAAGAGGACCCUUUUCUUUGACUACCAUCAGUCGCAUCAUUACUUUUCCAUUGUGAUAGAAAGACAGAAUCAGCUCCAUUGCCAGGACUUCCUUGUUUAUCUCAGAGAUGAAACAGAAUUUAGAGAUAAAUUAUCUCCCAUUAAUAUAAACUUCAAUUAUAGUUUGGAUGAAUCCAGUUUUGAAGAUAGUUUGACUGUGAAGCCAAUACUGAACUAUUACCAGAAGAGCUCACUAACAGAGCAGGCUUACAUUCUAGUUGACUGUGGAGAGGACAACUUGUGCAUUCCUGACUUGCAGCUUUCUGCUAUGCCAGAUACAGAUCAGUUAAUAAUUGGAGAAGAAAACUGUGUCAUGCUCAUAAUAAAUCCAAGGAAUGAUGGGGAAGGAGCCUAUGAAGCUGAGUUACACAUAAAGAUUCCGCCUGAAGCAGAUUACACUGGGGUUGAACGCAACAAUAAGGCACUGCGUGUAUUGAGCUGUGAUUACAAGAUGGAAAAUGAAACUAGAAUGGUGGUUUGUGAUCUUGGGAACCCCAUGGUGGCUGGCGCAAAUUUCUCCACAGGCAUUCGAUUUUCUGUUCAGCAUUUUGAAAAUGCAGAGUCCAGCAUCAGUUUUGAGCUCCAAAUAAAAAGCUCUAACAAGAUAAAUCCCACCAGCAAUUUAGUUAACCUCCAUAUCAACGUCAGUGCUGUGGCUCAAGUACAGAUCAGAGGAGUGUCUCACCCCCCAACAAUUAUUUUGCCACUUCACAACUGGGAACCCAAAGAUGAACCUACAAAAGAAGAAGAAGUUGGUCCUUUAGUAGAACACAUCUAUGAGCUGCACAAUAUAGGACCAAGUGCCAUCAACAACACAGUUCUCCAUGUCGGUUGGCCUGUGUCCAGUCGAGAAGAAUUUCUUCUUUAUAUUCUUCACAUUCAGACACAUGGACCACUGCACUGUCAAACAAGCUCCCCCAUUAAUACAAUGCAAAUAAAGUUUGCUAUUCCACAAGACACUCCUGAACUUGCUGCUUUUUUGUAUAAUUCCACAAUUUCUCAUUACAUCAGGAGAAGGGAUGUUGCAGUGGCAGAACCUCACAGGAAAAACUCUGCAAAAAUAUUGAACUGUACAAACGUGAAGUGUGUCCUAAUUUCAUGCACUGUGGGACAACUGGAAAGAGGAAAGAGUGCCGCGCUAAAAAUCAGGUCCCGGCUCUGGGCACAAACAUUCCUGGAGAGAAAGAACGAUCUCUAUAGUCUUUCUUCCAAUGUUUCCUUCGAAGUUAAGAGCAUGCCAUAUAAGGUGCAACCAGCAAAGCUCCCCACAGGAAGCAUAGCACAUGUGUUCCAUACCAGAAACACAUGUUGUGCAGAGUUCUGUUGGUAGUGGUGCCUUCAUCUGGACUGAAGUGCUUUAUCCCAGGUGAUAGCCUGCUGUUCUCAACAAGUGUCAGAUGAUCUACCAAAUGAUCAGAUAAGCAUUUUAUUCUCUUAUUCCAGCCAGUAUAAUGCUUGUUAUUUGCUGCAGAUGAUUUACAGCAAAAUGCAAGUAAUGGCAACUGUAAAAUGUUGAAAAAUGAUAGUGCUUUUAUGUCGUUUCAUAUGUGGACAUGGCAGUGGACACUUGCCAGCUCUACAGCUUGAUGUGUUAUAUGCACCAGUUCUUUGAUGUUCCACUUGCAAAAAGAAAUAUUUGCUUGAAGUUGGGCAAAGCUUAAUAUUUUUGCUCCUUCUGAAAAAGAUCACUAGUUGUGUUUUAAAAGUUUCUAAAGAUUUAUUUGGAAGUUUAUGGUUUUCUUUUAGACAGUGAAAGGAUGGAAGAGGAAUAAAGAUUUUAAUAUUUUAAAAUUAAUUGUCAAAAGUAUGUAUCUCAUAAUCAGCUAACACUUUAAAGUUUAUAUAGAGAAGACAAUAUCGUUAAAAGAACAGAGCAUAUGUCCUUCAUUUAACUCAUACAAUGCUGUGUUCCAAUUAUGCAAGUUGAUAUUUGUGUUUAGUUUUAAUGGCAUGAAUAAUCCCAUACUCAGUAAUCAACAGAGUCAUGUAGUCAUAUUUGCAGCACUGAAGUCUUUAUUUCCAUCAUCAUGGAAUGUAGGUCUUUAUCUUGAACAGAGAGAGGGGCCAUGAUAACAAAGGUAUGUGAAAAGGUAUAUAAAUGUAAGAAAAUCUUAAUCUUUUAUAGUAAAACAUUAGAGUAAAAAUGCAUCAAAUGGAAAAUUAGCAUGAAAUUUAGUGGAGCUUAAACCAGAAUCCACUGACAUCAAUAAUAGUAUUUCUAUUAAUUUUCAUAUGCUGGGAAUUGCAGCUAUAUAUUAUACAACUGAAUGGAUUUCCUUGCUAACAGCUCUAUCAUUCAAGAGAAAUUUGUCAUUUUUUCUUAGAAGUAUUAUUAUAGUAAAUGAUACUAUCUUAUUUGAUGAAUUUCAUGUGAAAAUUGAAAAUACUUUUUUUUACAAAAAGUACAGAGUUACAAUAAGCAGCAAUUUGUUCUAUUUUAUUUUAUGAUUCUUGAGCCAGUUUGGGAGUUUAAUAAAUUAUAAUUGCUUUUCUUAAAUGUUUGAUAGCAUCUUCAGGGGGGAUACUUUAAUGUAAACUGUUUGACCAGUGUCCUACAGUGAGUAAAACUUGUUUCAGACUAAGGCUUAUACCUCCUUUUUUAGCUAUUACAUGGUGAUAGUACUUUCAUUUUAGACAUGCUUAUAUUGCUUAUGACAUAUAUUUGCAUAAACAUUUGUAAAGUGUAAGCAUAAAUUUCAAUAUUAAUUAUGACUCCAAGCUCAAGGGAGCUUUUACAUUCUAUUUUGAUAAUUUUUUCAGAGCACAUAAGAACAUCAUGCUUCAAAGGCUGGAAUCCCUGUUUCUCACCCUCUGUAACCAAAAUUGCUGAAGACUAGAGAAAGGUCAUCAUGGGCAGUAAAAGUAGUAGCAUUAGAAUAAUAAUCAAUUUAGCUACUGUUUCUUGAAGUAGCAGAAUAAAUUACGGAGAAGUUAUUUUUAUAUUUUAAAGUGUGUCUUUUAAAGGACCAGAGAGAAAAAAAUAGCUUUGUGACAAUCCCACUAGCUUGCACUGAAUUCUGACUAUAGAUGCUGGAUGUUUGCACCAGUGAAACCUAAUUCCUAUCUUUCCACAAGGGACUGCCAUUGAACCAGCAGCUUACCAUAUAUGUUCUUCUCUGCCUUGUGCUGCCUUCCAAAGGAAUCAAAGACAAUUUUGAGGACACUCUGAGUAGCACCAAAAUCAGGAGCAGAAUUCAAAAUGUACAAAAAACAGCAGCCAAAAAAUUAAUAGUUCUUUUAUCUACUAACAAUGUGCUUAAGCAUGUCACAUUUUAAAAAAAGGAAAAUAAAAGCCCCUAUAGAAACACUUUCACGAUUAACAAGUGACUUUCAUGGAACCACAACAGGGAUUCUGAAGUUAAGACUAUCAGAGAGCAUCUGUGUGUGGAUUUUAUUUCCAGUUGCAAACAAAGGCUCUGUCCAUAACUCUUGGGUUGGCUUCACCCUCAUCUCAGUACCUGAGCCAGAUGGCAUUCUUUGGCACCCUUUCCAUACAAAAAGGUGUGAGACAUUCAGCAGUAUGGAAGACCAAAAGUCAGAUGGCUCCUCUGAAGUCUGUGAGCUGUGCUUUUCAUCCUCCUGACAGAGAAGCAACCACUGUUUCCAGUGUUCAGCAUAAGAAAAUCUUGUCCUGAACAGAGAGGAAAGCCAACAUGCCUCUUAAGUACGACCAAUAUGCAACACUUGUGUAAAAAUUCCACUUCUUCGCAUUGGCCACCUUAGAUGAAAACAGAUAAAUCUCCCCCAAAAAAAUUCUCUGGCUCUGAUCCUGCAGUACUAAACCUACCACAUGGAGAAGAACUUCAGAAAUCCAAGCUGAAUAAUGCAGACUUGUCUUUAAUCAAAAUCAUAUGUAAUACUGUUGUGGACAGUAUGGGGUGGAGGAGGGACAGUCUUCUGUGGAAAUGGUGAAACACGGCAGGCAAAACUGAAGGGAUGCUUUGUUUUUUAAUUCCCCUCCAGCUUCUGCCUCAACUCUGUGGGUGUUCAGGACUUGUCCUGUCAAACUGUUCACCAGCAAUUGCAUUAGUAGCCUUGCAAGUCUUUGUGUAGAGUUUAAAGGGGGCAGCCCAGGGGCUGCGUAUUCUACUGGUAUAUAGGCAGGAGUGAGACUGAUGUCUACAAAUAAUCCACUGCUCAGGAAAUAAAUCUCGAGCACUUAGCACAACCCUUCCUUACUUUCAAAACCGAAGACAAAGAAGGAUUCAUGAAAAAGGGUAUGGGUGUGACAGGAUGGUUUCAAGAUUUUAGCAGACAAAUACUUCAUUAGCAUAGGCCCCACUCAGGCUAAAAGAGGAGAGAGAUGUGGCAGCUUUGCAGCAGCGUUCUACCUGAUACAAGACAGACCUAAUUUCUGUCGUCUGUUUGGCUCAUUGCUGAUAAUCUAAGGAUUAUAAACAUGAUGCUCUGCACUUCUAUAAGAUUACAGUUUCUUGUUUAUGUUUCAACAUUUGUCAGGCUCCAGCUGAGCUACUGAAAUUACACUGCAAAUUUCACUCGACUGUCUGCAAAGGCAGAGCAACAGAAGGAAGAGGGAAGAAGGGAGAAAGAAUUCAGAACGCAGGCGGGACAAGCAAGGCUGAGUGUUCCUGCAACACUCAUAAUUGCUUAGCAUCCUCAGGAAGAUCCACAUGUUCUUAUCUGCAUCCAUGCUGCUGGUGCUCUGUAGCUAUCAUAAGAGCUAACUUGCCUUAUUGUUUUCGUAGCCUGAGGAAAGAAAACAACACACAAAUACAGCAAACCUCUAGGAUUGGCACAUAAAAGAACACAUGGAAUGGCAGCAGAGAUACUUGUAGCUGCAUACACUGCUAUCAGCUUUGUCCAAAACCUGAUGAAAUCCACUGACCCUGAUGAAAUAGACUGUUUCCAUUGAUUUCAGCAGGAUCUCAAUAAGGCUUUGAAGUCUGGAUUGACUAUACCAAAUUUCAAACAGUGAACUGGUGCACAUGAGUCUUGUUGCUGUGCUACCAGUAAGUGGUUGUGUGAAAUAUUCAAACACCAGGCAGCAGUUUACUUCACUUCUGUCUGAGAGCACCUGUGGAGCUGAAGUAGUUCCCCAAAUUGGAUGAGAGUAGCCCAAGGAGACAGGAGUGAUUCAGUCAAAUACUAUCUGAAGAAAUAUGUAAAAGAAAACCCCUUCCACGAAGUAGUUGCCCAUUCUGAUAAUUUCCACAUUCAGGAUGAACAAUUUCAGAAGACUUUGGCUGAAGCUAUCAGUACCAGAAAUGAUGAAAUGAAAUCUUUGCAUCUUC